UCCCUUACUAGGUGGUGUGAUACUGCCCAUGGAUUGAUUUGCCUGGCCAAUAAGGAAAACUCGGAUAAACCAGUGAGGAUGACGAAUAAAUUGCCUAGUUCUGGAGUUAGUUUAUAUAUAUGGAACCCAUCAAUUAGGAAGUCGAGGAAAUUGCCUGACUCAGGAGUUAAAUCGAAGUGGUUUUGCUCUACAUAUUUUAGGUAUGGUUUUGGAUAUGAUGAGUUACAUGACGAUUAUAAACUAGUGGUAAUUUUCAAUAUCUUUGAUGAUCAUCGAGAUGAUUAUGCUUCAUUUGAGACCAAGAUCAAGGUUUACAGUUUGAAGAGUGAUUCUUGGAGAUCGGUCGAGGAUUUUCAAGGAAGCUCUUUGGUAGAUUGUUCAGCUAAGUUUGUCAAGGGGAAGCUUUAUUGGACUAAAUCUGCACGUGCUCGUGAGCACAAUAGCUACUAUGGCUGCACUAUCAUUCAUUUUUAUGAGUACGAUGACGGCAAUAGCUGCAACAUCAUUUCUUUUGAUUUAGCACGUGAGACAUGGGGUAAGGUGGAGCAACCCAAUUACGGAAAAGGUGAAUUUGAUUUGAUGCUGGGAGUUUUGGGAAGUGAUCUUGCUGUGCUUUGUAACUAUGAGGGAAGUCAUUCUGAUGUCUGGGUUAUGAAGGAUUAUGGGGUUAAAGCAUCUUGGACAAAGAUGUUCACCGUUAGCUGUCCUAAUGAUCCUGGGAAGUAUGACUGUUAUCCACGCUGUUCCUUGUCAUUUUCCCCGCUGUUUUGCCAAUUAUAUAAUGGUGAAAUUUUACUUUUGUAUCGGUCAGUUUUCAUGAUAUACAAUCCAAAGGAUGAUUCAAUCAGAGUUAUCAGACAACCAGAGGUUACUAAACCUAAGAGCUGUUUUCAGGCAGCAAUCUAUGUCGAAAGCCUUGUUAAUCCCUUGUUGACAGCUGAUCAGGGACUUGUUAACCAUGAAGACUGACAAUCGCGUAAUCGUUAACUUAUGCAAAUGGAUGUGGCUGAACAUGGAAGGAGUAAUGAAGUAUGGGAAGGAAUGGGUUCUACCACUCUAGCAGGAUUGGAAUGGCACUGAUUUAGAUUACUAUUAUUGCUUAGAAAAGAAUGAUUAUUGCAAAUAUCUGUGUAAUACAUUGGCAGUUGACACCACAAAUGGCAUUUCUUUUGAAGGAAUGAUGAAAAAUCUCUUCCUCUUUCUUCUGCCAAUUUGUUUGCUUAACCUUUUUUGUUGGACAAACUUAAUCCCUGUAAUUAGCAUUGACUAUUUAUUGACUUAGCUCCCUGAUUUUUGCCUGUCACAAUGUAAAAGGACUAACAAACUAGUAUAGUACUUUUUUUUUCCUUU